CCUCCACUAAUUUAUACAAAUUAAUUCCACUAUUACUCAUUUGUACCCAAAAUACCCCUCAAAUUUAAUUUUCCUAUUCACACUCUCUUUCCGUCUUUCCCUCUCUUUCACUCUCUCUCUCUCUCUCUCUCUCUCUCUCUCUCUCUCUCUCUCUCUCUCUCUCUCUGUCGUUCCAUCUCUCUCUCUGUCGUUCCCUAUCCCUCUUCGACAUCGACCCAACAUCACGACCCACUUCGGCCAUCCACCCACGUCCCCGACCCACUCCGGCCAUCCACCCACGACCCCGACCCAACCACGAACCACCACGGACCACCACCACGACCCAGUGACCACCACGAACCACCACGAACCACAAAACGUCGCCACCACCACCACCCGUGAUCGUCGACACCGAACAGAGGCCUUCGCCACCACGAGCAGUACCCGUCGCCACCACCACCCGUGAUCAUUAAAAGAUGGCUCCCAGACUCAUUAUUCCAGCACCCGAGCAUUUCACUGGCCGCGUCACAUAUAGGGGCACUGGAAUUUUUGCAAAAAUUAAAGCUCGGUUUGAGGAGUUCAACCUUAAUAACACGGCGAAGGAAAGCCGUUUCGGGAGCUUCUGGAAUGCCGUACCACUGACAUUCUCCUCGGUGUUAUUUCACCAGCUACUGCUCCACAAAAUGAAAGUGGAUGCUCAGGAGGAGUUGAGGAUGAGGUUUUAUGUUGGUCGGAAGGAGGUCCGAUUCGGGGUGCUGGAGUUUGCACUCAUUACGGGUUUGGACUUCUCCUCGGGGCCAACAGAAGAGGAGAAGGCUGCGCAGGUCGCGCGCUCGGGGUCAGACCGAUUGAUCAACAAAUAUUUCAACCGGUCUGAUAGUGUGAAGACAGAAGCACUCCAACUUCAGUUCACAAACUGCCAGAACCCGGAAGACUUGUACAAGCUCGGCUUGUGCUUGUUUGUGGAGUCAGUGCUUCUGGGCCGCGAGGCCAACGCGCUGAUCACGCCUCACAUCAUUAGAUAUGUGGAAGACCUCGAGUUCUUCUUUCGGAUUCCUUGGGGGAAGCACUCAUUCGCCAGACUCAUGCACUCGCUUCAGAAAUACAUGUUGAAACAGAAGGCCAACUACGAGAAGAAGCUGAGUUCGGAUGUUCAGCACGAGUGCAAAUACACAGCAUAUGGCUUCGCACCUGCAGUCCAAUAUUGGGCGUACGAGGCCAUUUUGGAGGUUGGCAAGAGGUAUGGCACGAACCACGGGAUUCGGUUCCCCAGGAUGCUUAGCUGGACGAGCAAAGGCGAUAUUGGGAAGAAAGACGUCAGCGCAUUAUUUUCUAGACGGAAUCUGGAAGUGGUGAAGGGGCUACUUCCACGGACAGAGGAGGAGGCAUUUGUGAGGACAAUAUCUUACGAUGGUGUGGAGAACCUGGUUGAUGAUGCUGUGGAUGACACAGAGGCUGAGGCAGGUAGUCAGGUACCAGAGACUCAGGUCCCAGACACUCAGGAAAGAGACACUCAAGUACCAAUUUCUGGAACUUUUUUUUAUGUCUUUAUUUUUUAUUAUUUUUUUUAUAUAGUGGAGGGUAUAUCGUAUGCUUACCGUAUUUUUUUGAUAUAUAUUUUUUCAGGCCACUGCUUCAGAACCUCAGCCCAGUGCACCAUCUGCAUCAGGCGUUCGGGGUGCCGAGUACACUGAUUUAGUGGCUCGGUUGGAUAGGAUCGAGGGUGACA